AUGCCGUUGAGAGCCAUUCUCUGGCUCGUUGUUUUCACUGUCUUGACGGAAGCCGUCGUCAUCCGCUCGACUUCCCGGUGUGCACCAAACGAGUACUGGUGCCAAGAUAGGUGCGGGUCGGACGACUAUGGCAACACCUGCUGUGAGACUCCUGACGGCCAACAUAACCUCUGCGGCGCCGACACCAUCUGCUCACCUACGACGCUCACGACUGGAGGAGAGACAUUUACCCUAACGCCUCCCUCGAGCGUUAGCACGACAACGACAACGUCGUCUCCCGUAGCGACAACCUGGACACGGUCGGACGGGGAGACCGUCAUCUCCAGCUCGGGCGUAGUUAUCAUUGGAACUAGUCGUCCAAUUACGCUUCCGACCGUCAGCUCACCGACCACACUCACUACGGGUGGUGAAACAUUCACGUUGACGCCGCCCCAAAGUGUCACAACCACACCGCCAUCCACAACAACAACGUCCUCGACCGACAUAGGCCCCAUUACCACCUUUUCGGAAUGGCCGUCUGGAGCCGUGAUCACCCCCGUGACGACCGAGGUCGACGAGCCGGAGGAGACAGACGGCGGCGCUGUUGUUCCAUGUGACCUAUGGUUCUUUUUUGUCUGUAUUAGCACGCCAGAGAUCAACAUCGGCGGAUGGUUCUGGCGAUUGCCACCGGGCGUUUAUCCACCGGGCCCACCACCCCCAGGUGUCAUCAACCUUCCAACGGGAAUCAACAUCCAGGGUUCUCUACCACCAUGGCCGCGAAUCACGGUGGGCCCGGAUCAUAAGCCAACAUACUCGUCCAGGCCAGACGAGUGCGAAACCGAGUCGGCGACGCUGUGCGCGACGACGUCGUCAGUCGGCGCCUCAACGACCAACGUCGCCUCGACAUGCACUAACAUUGUGGGUUGCGCCGUGACCGACUCGGAUACGACCAGAACCACAACCUCGUCCUGCUCCACAGCGACCGUGACCGACUUUUUCGUGUCGUGCACUACGACCGCCCCAGGGUCAUCCUCGUGCACCACGACCAGCAGCCUAGUCGAGUCCGGGUGCUCGGUCACGGGGACGGUCAGCACCACCUUCGGAUCCGGGUCCUGCGUCUUAAGGACGACCCGCACCACGACCAUCGAGGAGCUCGAUCCUCCGACCAGCACCACGUCCAGCAUCGCGUCCACCACCUCGUCCAGCACCACAUCUAGCACCUCGUCCAGCACUCCGGCCUCAAUAACAGCCACGGCAACAACCUUCUCGACGUUCGAUUCUACCGACUUCCCCACACUGUCAACGGCGUGGACCACCCCGGAGGGAAGCACCUGCGCCUCCACCACGACCUACACGUCCUGCAUCUUCCCCGGCGGUGGCAACUCGGCCUGCGCGGUAAGCACGACAUGCGCGUCCUGGGCGGCCACGUCCACUUCCACAACAUCCACAGGCCCAACGGAAACACCCCUAGCCAUCAACACCAAGGGAUGCUACUACGCGUCCGAGCUCUUCCCCAACGAAGACCCGCCGGACAUCGACGAGGACUUCCAGCAGCAGUACAUCCCGUGGGCGUGCGCGACCGACGACACGGCCGCGGUGGACGUGGUCUUGGGCCCGGACAGCGAGCCCAUGACGUUCGAUACCAGGACAAACGGCGUGCCGUACUGGUACUCGGUCUCGUGGAUCGAGGACUGCGAGACCAGCGUGAGCGAGCAGUACGCCUACGUCCCCAUCCCCGGCGGCGAGGAUACCUGCUAUAGUCUGAUGAGGGGUAACUUUGAGAAUUGCGAGAAGGAUGGCGGAUAUGUGGGAGGGUAUGUCGACGCCGGCUGUUUGAGGUAUGUGUUUGAGCCGUGCGAUCCUGACGAGAAGAGCUGUCACAGGUGA